ACCCGUCACGAUCGCCAACCAUAACUAGCCUUUGAUGUGGAGCAGUCUUCAUUAAGAAUAUUAAUUUUAUCUAUCUUAAUAUUAAUAUAAUUAUAGAUUUCUUUUCGCAAUUCUAAAAAGUUUUCCAAAGAUAAUUCCACUAGUCACCUCUCACUAACAUUUAAGACAGGUUAUGUUGUUUAUCUUUUCAACUUCAUAACCUAACAACUUUCAUUUCUCGCAUAGACGAUGAAGUAGCCGAACAUGAUUGUAGGUUAGGAAAGUGUCGUUUAAAGGAAUGGCAUCAACACGAAUAAUCAAUUAUGUUUCAUACAAAAGACUUGUAGCAAUCUCUAAUUUAAAAAAUGUAUGCAUUCUCUCUGCUUUUAAUAUUAAUUCUAAUUUUCGACAAAAUGCGUAUUAUUGCACAAAAAAAUCAAUUGUUAAAACAGAUCCUGUGGAACGUGAGAAUAAAAUACAAGUUGGAUUUGCGGAUGUAGUCAAAGAAAAUACAAAAUCUAUUGGAUACUUAGGCGUGAUAAUUGGUGGUAUAGGAAUUACAGCUUUCAUGUUUUAUAUCAUUUUUGAUGAAUUAUUUUCCAAUAAAAGUCCAAAUAGUGUGUAUAGUAAAGCGUUAGAUCGCUGUAUUAAACAUCCUAAAAUAAUAGAUGCUCUUGGAGAACCGAUAAAAGCGUACGGGGAAAUGGGUAGACGUAGAAGUCACAUAAGUCGUAUUAUCUUUGAAAAAAAUGGAAUACGUCACAUGAGAAUGAAAUUUUAUAUACAAGGUAUAAGAAGACGUGGAACUGUACACUUGGAAGUGCAAGAAGAUACAUCUGGUAAUUACAUAUACAGAUAUUUAUACGUAGUUGUGGAUGAUAUUCAAACUGUUAUUAAAAUAGAAGAUAAUAGAGAGGUGAACAAAAACUUCAGUACCGAGACAGAAGAUCAAUGGAGCUAAUAUAUUAGGUCUUUCUAAUUAAUAUUUGAUAUAUCGUGUAUAGAAAUGCUUAUAAUCGAUUAUUUGCAAUAUACGAUUAUUUUAAAUAUACUUUUAUAAAAUUUGUGUCAAAUAAAAAUGCUAGAACUUA